UGCUGGCACGCAGCAACAGCGAGCAGACGACAUUUGAACGCUAGGAUCGAAGAGAAGAUUUAAGUUUUUGACGCUCUCUUUUCUCUAGUUUUGGUUUUGUUAACCGCAUAAAAGGUUUAACAAUCGUGGCGCGUUAUUAAAAGUUGAGAAUGUUUUGAUUAUAACAUAGCCCACAUCUGACACUAAGUGGUUAUGUAGUCAUUCUGUAGUGUUUGUAUGACUGUUCCGUUAAGUGUAUCAAAUCGACGGUUUUCUAAGAACAAGUACUCGAUCUGGUCUGGCUGAAUGGUCUUGCGCUGUGGCCUUCUAACUUGCGCGUGAUGCAAUGAUCACUUUUAUCGCAUAGAAACUUUUGUGGACAUGCUUACCCUUAGCAUUAACUUUACAUCUACUGCUCACGCUGCUACAAUAAUAAACAACUAAUUUUAAUAUUAACUUUCUUGAUUACAAUACUAAAAUGUAGGUUUCAAUUGGAAAAAAAGGUGUUAAACUUCGCACAUGAUGUUCUGAAAGGUUGACACUGUGGCUUUUUCUGAAAUAAUUAAUUGUGGUGUGGUCUCUACAGCCUGACAUCAAACUCUAUCUUUUAAGUUACUAGUAGAGUUAACCGAUCUGAAAAGUGUGCUAUGGCCACCAUAUCCUUCGAAACGUUUUUUUUACACCUGAUUGAUAGGGUGGAAAAACUUCAGGUGCAGGUGAACAAGAACAGAAGUAUUCGUGAGGAGAUAAGGACGCUAGAGUUCUGGAGGUCGAUUAUUGCAGAGUGCUUAGCAAGUUUCUUCUACGUCUUUCUUCUCUGUGGGGCUCAUGUCUCCUGGCCCAAUCAUGACCCCAGUAACUUAAUGAUCAAGGCCUUGACCAGUGGUUUAACAAUGGCCACUUUGGCUCAGUGCUUUAAUCAUAUCUCUGGUGCUCAUGUUAACCCCGCCGUGACCUUUACAAUGUUUGUGACCAGAAGAAUAUCCCCUCUCAGGGCUAGUUUGUAUGUAAUAGCUCAGUGUGGAGGCUCAAUCGCUGGGGCUGCUCUGCUGUACGGUGUAACAAUUCCUGGACACCAGGGAACGCUUGGAAAUACUUUGAUACAUCCUGAUCUGGGGCCGUGGCAGGCUUUUGGGGUUGAAUUUGUCUUGACGUUUUUGGUGGUAUUCACGGUGUUUGCCACACAGGAUCCCAACAGAAGAUCCUUAGGAAGCGAUGCACUGACUGUGGGUAUUGGCUAUCUGGCCACCUCUCUGCCUGGGAUACCAGCAACAGGAGCUUCUUUAAAUCCAGCUCGCUCUCUGGGACCUGCCUUUGUGAUGAACAAAUGGCCUCACCAUUGGGUAUAUUGGUUCGGCCCUCUGGCGGGAGCAGUUGUAGGAGGACUGAUUUAUGAGUAUAUUUUUGAUACCAAGAAAGCUAUCAAAACACUCAGAGAAGCCAUCGAUGAAGUUGAUAAAGAAUCUAACCUGGAUGAAGAUGACUACGAAAAUCCUGAAAGAUGUAACGUGACCAAAGAUGGAGGCCCGCAGACUUCCGGGACUUAUGGAGCUCAGUACUACGAUCAAACCAUAAGGCCCGCUCUCAAUACAUACUCUCCAACUCAUUCUACCUAUCCAGUUUUCACAGAGUCCAGCUACGGAACUCACAGUGGCCCCUCCUCCAACUAUAGCGGAAUAUAUGGAUCUCGUGGUGGGGGUGGUUUCAGAACUGUGCCAGCGCGAAUGGAAUAUGACCCUGGGACUACUAAAUUCUAGGUCAUGCGCAUCCGAUGUCCAACUUUCUGUCGUUCUUUAAAUAUUUAUGGCAUUUUUUACAAGAUCGAGUUUCGACAAUGUCUGGAUUAAGCUAGUUAGCUAUCACCUUGUGCAACUAAUUCAUCUUGAAGGAGACCAGUAUAUAUGCAUAAAUAUAUAUAUUUAUUGGAAAAUUAAGAUUGCUACUAUACAAGAUGUGUAUCUUAGUUGACUUAGCAAUAACAGAGGUAAGAAAUUUAAGAUAAAAGCAAUAAAUGAAAAAUAAGAAAGAGGUGAUUUCUGCUACAUAGGGAGAAGUGGGCGAAAAAAGAUAUCAAGAGUUAACAUGGGUAUCUUUAAUCUAACACUUUUUCAUGCAACAGGAGCUGCUAUGUUAAAGUAAAUUGUUUGUAACAAAUGUUCAAGCUGUGUUCGUCGUUCUUUCUGUUGGACUGUUUAUGAUGACUUUCAAACUUCAUUCAAAAUGCUUUCAAGUGUUUAAAAUUAUAAGUAAAGAAAUAUUUAGUGUCGUGUGUUUCGCAUUCUUCAAAUAUUUAUCUGUAAAAUUCGUGUUGCAUUUUGUGCUUGCAACUCAAUAUAUAUUAAUCUUAUUGAACACCUAUAAAUGUUGGUUUUAUGCCAUUUUUCAAAAUAAAUUAUAGUUUAUUUGUUAUUUUUUUAACUCAAAUUCAUUGUUUUGUAAGUUACAUUGUCAUUAUAACAACAUGCCCCUAUACGAUAACUGUGCAAUUAUUUUGAAACAGAAAUUUUAUUGUGGAAAGUAAUUAUGUUUAAAUCUAAUUUUUUACUCAUCCUUUUGUUAGGAACUAACAAUCAUGAAAGUUAAAAAUCAACAAUUACACAAAAGUGAAUAGGGUAGUAUAGACAAAACCUAUUUUUCACGUUUUAAACUGUAUGCAGUAGAACCAAAAGAAUUAGAACAAAGUGAAAUUUCAUUCGAAAUGCAUAAAUUGUACAUCUUACCUGUGACUGAGAUUAGAACUUCAAUAAUAUUGUUGUAAGCUAUAUUUUUGAUGCUGUAAUUUAUUUGUUGGCUAGAGGGUCAUUGAAAAUGUAAUGAUCCAAAACUUGGCAAAAUAUCUAGAAUGAAGCUUAGAUUAUUAAUACGAGAUAGUGUGUACAGUUUGUUUCAAGAAGCUAGAGAGUUACUUCAAGAUGGUAGAGUGAAACAGUCACUGUGUAAGCUGUACGGUAAUUUUGUGCGAAUAAGUUUAUCUUAAACUAGAAAUUAAAUAAUAAGUAACUUGUAUGUAUGGUGUUUAGGAGUCCUUUUUAAUCACCAUACAGUAACCUCAAUUAAUUUAGAUAUGUGAAUAAUGUUAUGACAUUUCACUUAAUUCAUUAUUCGCUAUUAUACAGAAAACCAACUGUUUACUGUUUAUAUAAAGAGCAAACUGAAGACAAGCCAAUGUUUUGUUGGAACAUGUAGUAUCUUGCCCAAGAAUAAAUCACUUCGUUGUGCUUAUA